ACUCGGAAAUUACGUUGACUGCACGUAAUGGAUCCGCUAUAUUUUCAUUUGGUUGGCAACUUGUCAAAAAAUGGUAUCAAUAUACUGGAUUGCAAGAAGCAUUGAUAGAAGUUCUGAAUAAUUUUAUAAAAUAGGGUGUGUGUGAAGCGUGAAUGAGGAUGAGUGAGGGCGAGAUAAUUGAAGCAAGCCCGGAGAAAGAUCGCAGACAGAGCGAAGGCAGUGAUACUGAAUUUGAUCCUCAGUUCAAACCUAUCAUCACAUUGCCCGAAGUGGAAGUGACCACAAAUGAGGAAAAUGAAACGGUGCUUCUAAAUAUUCGGGCAAAACUGUACCGUUUCGACUCUGUCAGUGAACCUCCAGAAUGGAAGGAAAGGGGCACUGGAGAAUUGAAGCUCCUCAAACACAAUGAGGCAAGUUCCAUGAGAAUCGUCAUGAGAAGAGAUAAAACUUUGAAAGUGUGUGCCAAUCACUUUAUCACACCUUGGAUGGAGCUCAAACCCAGUGCUGGAAGUGAGAAAGCGUUUGUAUAUACUGUUCUUGCUGAUUUUGCUGACGAAAGACCCAAGUCCGAAUGCCUGGCUGUGAAAUUUGCAACUAUUGAGAAUGCUUUACUUUUCAAGAAGAAGUUUGAAGAAGCAAAAGAGAUCUUAACAACAGAAUGUGAUCUAUACAACGGGAAGGGUGAUCAAGAAAAUGAGGCUGCAGAAGAGUGUGAGAAUGUGAGUGUUAACAAGAGCAAGGAUGAAUCUGAAGAUGAAGAAUGUAAUGAAGUAACACAAAAAAUUAGUGAGUUGGAGGUAUCAGCUAACAAAAAUUGAUUUCGAAACUCAUCCAUACAUUGCAAUAUGUGUUCGUUUUACUUGACUCCCCUCUAUUUAUCUACACGAUUUUUUUUUCUUUGUGUUUGUUCAGGUUUGUGAGAUUCGGUAAUGAAUGUUUGGGAAUGUUCAAAAUGCAUUUGUGGUGGAGCAUUUCAACCCUAGAUUGAAUACAUAUAUAUUUUUGUAUUUUUGCAUUGUGUAUAAUGCUUUGAAUUUGAUGAAUGUAUUAUUACAUGAUGCACUUUGAAUUCGAAUAAAAAGUUAAUUUUUAUGAUUACAUAAAUGA